UAUUUGAGAAAAUUCCCAUUUUGAAUGAACAACAUGUAAAAAUUUAUGAAUGCGUCUAUGGGGUCGAUCGCUGGAUGUAAUGGACUUCGAGUCGAGGACGGGUUGUCACAGGAAAGAAAAGAGCUGAAGUUUAUAUAGUUUUCCACGAGAUCUUACGAUAUGCCAUCCUGCUCCAAAGAUUUCCUUUGGAUGAAACUUCUUCACAACGCAUGGAAAUGGCACUACAUAAAAGGAGCCUCCAGCAGCACGAGACACAUAAGUUUACUUAACAGUGACGAUCUAACAAAGUUGGAUCAUGGACCUUUACAUGCAACUCUGCCAGAUUCAUACUUAAAUACUGGAUCUGUGUAUGUCCACUGGCCAUACUGCAGACAGAGGUGUUCCUAUUGCAACUUUGUCAAGUUCAUCCCACAUCCAAAUUCACAUUGGACUGUUGAGAAUAAUACACUUGAAAAUUUCAUAGUAAAGGAACUGCAGCACAAUCUCCGGCACUCGCAUAUCUCGUCUGUGCACUCGGUCUUUUUUGGAGGCGGCACCCCAUCUCUCGCAAGGCCACAAAUGGUUGAGAAAGUCUUGAAAACAAUCCAGGAAAUGUGCAGUUUAGAAGAAAAUGUUGAAAUAACACUUGAGGGGAAUCCUACUUCCUUAGAAACAAAUAAACUGAAAGACUUCAAGGCUGUCGGUGUUAACAGAGUUUCUAUCGGUGUGCAGGCUCUUGAUGCGGCAUCAUUAAGGUUACUGAAUCGUGACCACAGUGUCCAAGAGGCUCUUCAUUGUAUUAGUAUUGCUAAACAACUUUUUCCGGGCCGACUGUCUGUGGAUCUAAUUUUUGGAAGACCCAAUCAAACAACAGAAAGUUGGGAACGAGAACUGGAGAACAUGCUGACUGUCUGUGAUAACCAUAUAUCUUUGUAUCAGUUAACAUUGGAGCGAGGAACUAAGUUGUUUCAUCAAGUUCAAUCAGGAGAGAUAAUAGUGCCCGAUGCUGACCAGAUGGCUGACCUCUAUGAAAUUGCAGUGUCCCUGCUAAAUAAAGCAGGGUUUAGGAGGUAUGAAAUCUCCAAUUUUGCUCAUGGGUGCUCAGCUGAAAGUGUUCACAACAAAUCAUAUUGGCAGGGCUUACAGUAUAUUGGAAUUGGUCCUGGAGCUCAUAGCCGAAUCAUUCCAAAAUAUAUUAAAGAAAAUAAUUGUCUGAUGCAUGAAACCAAAUUACAUAAUUCAAGAAUUUAUGAAGCAAGUAAAAAUGGCCUUCCUGAACAAUGCUCUAAUAAUUGCAUUAUUCGUGAAGCAAGAGUUAAUGCUGCAGAUCCAGUAAACUGGUUAAGAGAAGUUAAACUUAAAGGAGCUGGGGUACGGAAGAUUACGAGUCAGACGCCACUAGAUGUAGUUAGUGAGUACGUUGCUUCGGGACUAAGAACAAGUGAAGGAAUCACUCAAGAAAGAUGGAAUGUGUUUAUGCCACAAAUUACUUUGUUGGAAAUAUUUAAUGAAAAAACUAAGUGGCUUCAGGAAGGUAAAUUACUACAUGUCACUAAUGAAGGAGUAAAAGCUUCAAGCCAUGGUUUGAAUGUAUUAGAUUCUAUUCUUCCAUAUUUAUUAAAUAUAUUAGAAGAAAAAUUUGCUUAAGAAUGAGUUGCUUAAUAUUCAUAAAAACAUAAAAAAAUUAAUAUUUUCAUAGAAGGCUCCUAAGGAGGCUCUUUAUCAUUAGCUACCAACAUAGCUCCACUCAGUUCUAUCCACACCAGGCCCUUGUGAGUCAAUGUAAGCCUGCUAGGGAUGAGGGGCCAAAACCUGGCCUGGCCUAAAAUCUGUAUAUUUGUAAAGAGCAAAGGAUGCUCGGUCACUAUCCAAGAAAAAAACAUCAGAAAGGUCUGCAAAACAAAACAGACAAUCAGCAAGGGUAAACAGAACAUAGAAAAUGAGAAAAGGAGACCCCCAAACUGAAUGAACCACCCAGUUGUGAAACUGUUCUCUGAUUAGUUCCACCUACAUACCACCAGGUGAUGGCACACCAAGCUCCAGCUCCUCGAUCCUCUAGCCAUGAUUAUCAGCCAUUUUUGCCUGGCACAGUGCAUCACAGUUACACUUCUCACUGCUUCUUGUGCAUGUAUAUUAAUACCUCAUUUGUGUGUAUUUGAAUUAGCUGUUCGCUUGGACUGCUUGUGUCUCGUGUGACUAUUUCUAGGUGUUCAUUGGUGUUGCUUCUGCUAGCAGGGGCUCUCUUUCCUGGUGGGUUCAGGUGGCUUUCUCUGAGAGGCUGGCUUCCUGAGGGAGGUGCCUCGCCUUUAGCUUCCUGAGGGAGGUGCCUCGCCUUUAGCUUCCUGAGGGAGGUGCCUUGCCUUUAGCUUCUGAGGGAGGUGUCUCGCUUUUAGCUUCCUGAGGAAGGUGCCUCGCCUUUAGCUUCCUGAGGGAGAUGCCUUGCCUUUAGCUUCUGAGGGAGGUGUCUCGCUUUUAGCUUCCUGAGGAAGGUGCCUCGCCUUUAGCAGCGCAAGGGUGUUCGACUCCUUUGUGAACUUUGUGGAUAGGGCUGUUGGGAUUUUCAUUAUAAAGGUCACACUGGGUGCCUGCAUACUAAUUUUAUAAUGCACUGCUCACACCCUUAAUUCCUGGGCUGCACAAUAAAUUCAUAUGACAUAUCCCUAGUACACUGGACAAAAAUAUGUUGAAUUAGAAAUCCAGACAGAAAAUAAAGAGUCUAGGGUUUGAAUUAGAAUAUUUAGCAGCAGAGUUAAAGCUUUAAGAAGAGAAGCAGGGCAUUUUAAGAGUCAAUACUAUGCCAGGGGCGGAUUGCUGAGUUGAAGUAUCCAGGUGCAACUCGAGGGAUGCUGGUGAUUUGGGUCCACUUGUUUUACAUCCAGACUGUGAAGAGAUGUCCAGUGCAAAGUGGUGCAGCAGUGUGAUGCAAGUGUGAACUCAUCGCAAGUUGCCUAUUAACUCUAACCUAGCAUAGAGUGGACAGUCCCAAUCUGUGAAGGAUUGGUUAUAAGUAAUUAAGGAGAGCAGUGUUAAGCAGUGUGAAGACCCGUGUCUCCAGUGACAUUAUUUCAAAUGGUUUACAAGAAGGUGAGGAGUGAAGUGAAGUGCAGGUAAAGUGAGGCACUGGUACUCCAAUGAUUUUAUUUACAGAGCAUUAAGUGGUAGCUUAUGCUGUAGGGCCACUAGGUCUCCAGUGGAAGGAGAAAUUGAAGUGAUAGCCCAGAAGCUAUAUGGUGUCAUGAUUUCCCUGCUGUGGUAGUAGGUGAAAGUUGUGAAGAGAGAAAAUAUCAAAAUCAAGAGAAAAUCACAGGAACAUGGUAGUGGCAGGAAAUUGCCAGAAGGAGUGAGGAGUGACAAUGCGAUGCCAGGAAUUUCACGCCAAUGUGUGUGACGUGUGAGAACAAGAAAGACAUGCAGCCUGUGGUCACGGCGACAUCGAACUUUUAAAUGGUAGCUUAGUUGGCUAGACAUCUUCCCCUCUCACCUUGAGUUAUUGUGUAAUAUUUAUUAUUAUUAUUGUGCUUCAUUUAUGUACAUUUAUGCACUAUGGACAAGUGAGAGUACUGUACUUUACUUUAUGAUAUUACAUGUCUGAAAGACAUGCCUUGCCCGAAACGCUAUGCGUACUAGUGGCUUUAGGUAUUGUAUGUACUACCUCUAUCUUUAAAUCUAACAGAAUGUUUGUACUGUAACUCUGCAACUAUGUAUGUACUGUUCCUAAAUAAAUUAUUAUUAUUAUUAUUAUUAUUAUGUAUUUUAGUCAUGUGAAACUAGAAUGCUAAUGAGAGAUUACUGGUCUACUGCAUUUACAGUAUUCACAUACAUAUUUUGCUCAAGAGUUAUUUUGUUGAUAUUUGACAAGCCUUAGUGAGUUUUGUUAGUGAUUUAAGUUUUGUCAGCUGAUUAUUGACCUCCAGGAACAGUGUUAAAGUAACAUAAAUUAUUCUGCUUUUAUCCAGUUGCUGCUGCAGCCAACUGCAACUGAAUAUGCUUUAAGUUUUGUGAGGCCAUUAUCAUAGUGUGUGACUAUUCAAUUUUUCAUUAAACGUGUUUUUAUGA